AUGGCCACGUCCCCGUCGGACCCCGCUGCCAGCCCCAGCCCCGUUGCCAGUCCCGUCCCGCCGCUGGACCCGCACGCCGUGCCCAUGGUAGCGCUGAACUACGGCGUGCGCCGCCGCCUCGGCCUCUACCUCAACCCGCGGGCGGCCGCGGCCGCGGACUGGACGGCGCUGGCGGAGGCGCUGGGCUGCAGCUUCCUGGAGAUCCGGCGGCUCGAGGGGCUGCCCGACCCCACGGCCACGCUGCUGGAGGAAUGGCCGGGACGCUGCCCCGGCGGGGCCACCGUGGGGCAGCUCCUCGAUGUGCUGCGCCGCUUGGGUCGCGACGAUGUCCUGACGGACCUGGCCGGCAGCGUGGAGGAGGACUGUAAGAAGUACCUGCAGAGGAAGCAGGAAGAGGCCAACCAGCCUGUCCAAGUGCCAGCAGUGGACAGCAGUGUGCCAAAGACAUCAGAACUGAUGGGCAUCACCACCAGGGAUGAUCCAUAUGGGAGUGGAACAGAGAUAUUUGAUGCCUUCAUCUGCUACUGUCAGAAAGACCUCCAGUUUGUCCAGGAGAUGAUCAGGGAGCUGGAGCAAACAGAGUUCAAACUGAAGCUCUGUGUAUUUGAUCGGGAUGUCUUGCCAGGAGCCUGUGUGUAUUCCAUCAGUGGAGAACUUAUAGAGAGGAGGUGUCGGAGGAUGGUGGUUGUAGUUUCAGAUGAUUACCUGGAAAGCGAGGAAUGUGAUUUCCAGACCAAAUUUGCUCUCAGUCUUUCCCCAGGUGCUCGUCACAAACGGCUGAUUCCAGUCAAGUACAAAUCCAUGAAGAACGAGUUCCCGAGUAUCUUACGGUUCAUUACCAUUUGUGACUACACCAAUCCUUGCACCAAAAAAUGGUUCUGGACCAGACUGGCAAAAUCCCUCAUGCUGCCCUGAUGCAAAGUCCUGAGAGCUGGGUGCUCCUGUAACCUGUCCUGGUUAUGCAUUUGGACCAGAGGUGUGCUUGACACGGGAUCUUCCACCACUUCAGAACCUGGAUCCUUGCUUGGAGCCUGUGACUGGGAACAAAGAGCUCUCUCCAGCACUUCUUCACAACUCUGAAGGGAAAUAAAACAACUGUGUGCCUGUUCCAGGCUAAGUCAGUGAGCAGCAGCAUCCAGCAUUUGUGGAGUAAGCACUUUCACUAAAAAUACUGAAAAUACACAUCUAAAGAGUGUCUGAUACAGGAAGACUCUGUUGUAAGAAUUAGCAAGACCUCAGAGCCUCAAACUGCAGGUUUUGUCAAUGUUUUAAAACUACAGUAACAUCGAGGCUUAUGGGAGUUCUACCAUGCUGGACAGGUCUGUCUCUAUUCAGGUCACAUUUGGUUCUGUGACCUUAUACCAGCAUUUCAUAUUCCCAGAUAUUACUAAAUUUUUAUUUUCUCCUUCAGGAGAAAUUCAGUCUUAAAAUACAUCUUUUCAGUGACAGUCUUACUACACAAAGCAGGGGCUGCUGCUGCUCAUUGACUUGACCAAGGUCUGCACCUCAGUGGGUCCAGAUCUCAAAUUCUUUCACCUUUAAAGGCCUUCAAAAACACAGCAGCUUUUGGGAUGCCUCAAAGGCAUGGGGCUGAACACUGAAUAAGGAGUGUAUUAAAUUGACAUUUGGGCUGUUUAAAAUAUGGAAGUGAAUGUUACAUUACUAGGAAAGAGCCUAAUUUGAUUAACUGCCACAAUAAUUACUGUAUUUCUGUGACUAAGGCUCAGAGCAAUGUCGAGACUGCUCUGCUUGUUAGACUUGGCCUUGAAUCCUGCCUGUGGCUAGUGGAUCUCAUCAGUGCUCCAGGGUGGAGGUCAGGAGUUCUGCCCAAAGGAGUGUUUAAAGCAAUCCAUUGGUGUAUUAAACAGGUUUACAGUAAAUAUUGACUUUUUAAAUUGGGGAAGAGGGGAAUCUUCCUUAUGUGUCUGCAGUUGCUUGAACUCUGCCCCUUUGUUCUUUACCUCAGCCACUGACUAAUGUUGAUUUUACAGCUUAAUGUUUUACUAGUUUACAUUUUUAAGGUUGCAUUUGGAUGUGAUUUUAUUUUUUCAAUUUUAACUCUGUUUUAAAGCAUUACCAGGGCUGAGACAGAAAUGGGCUCCUGCCCCCUCCCUCACACUCCCUGUCAGUCAGUGAAUGAUCCCUUAGCAGGGAUGCUGCCAAAUCCUGUCCAGGUGCUGCUGCUGGUUCCUCCCAGCUGACAGCAGCAGCCCUUGAGCAUGGUGAAGCUCAUUCAUGCACAUCAUGUUGGCAGCAGGAACCAUUUUUGGAUAGACCCAGGAGCUGGGUGUUUCUUCUACAAAAUAACUGCUGCCAUCCCAUCGUGCCAAGGUGACAUUUGCACCUUCCUGUCUUGCUAGAACAGGUGAGAAGUCUGUGGGCACGGAAGGAGGAAAGUUAAGCUGAUGAGGGGUUUCUGAGUGAAUGCUGUUGCCCUGGGGCCUCUCCUGCAGAAGUGGAGACAGCUGCUUGCCUCUGGCUUUCUGCAUAAUCGUUAAAUGUUAAUUACAGAAGAGGUUCAGGAGGCUGCUUGAUCCCCGGGGGCUCAGUGAAUUCUCAUACUCUGGAGAGCCUAUAAACAUCAAUUAUGGGUCAUUACUCGCAGGACCGAACCAGAUUCCUCCUGCCUGGAGAGCUGGAAGGGCUCGGGUGGCUCGUUCAGGGGGAGCCGAGGCACAGGAGCCCGUGCUGGACGCUAGAGGGAGGCCAUGGCCCACGCUGCUCCCUGCGAGGGAAUGCGGGUGUGUGGUGUUUGUGAGGUGCCCAGGACCAGGGGAGAGAUGAGGAAUCUGCCCCCAUGUUCUCAGAAGGCUGAUUGAUUAUUUUAUGAUAUUAUAUUAAAGAAUGCUAUACUAAAACUAUACUAAAGAAAUAGAGAAAGGAUACAUCAGAAGGUUUCACAAGAACAAUAAUAAAAACCUGUGACUGACUCAGAGAGUCCAAAACAGCUGGUGGUGAUUGGUCACUAAGUUAAAACAAUUCACAUGGAACCAAUCAAAGAUGCACCUGUUGGUAAACGAUUUCCAGACCAUAUUCCAAAGCAAUCAGGUGAUUCUUGUUUUCAUUCUUUUCUGAGGCUUCUCAGCUUCUCAAGAGAAACAUCCUGGGCAAAGAGGAUUUUUCAGAAAAUAUGAUGGUGACAUGGCUGGGAUGGGCCAGCAGGACACUGAUAUGGAAAAACCACAAGUGGGUUCUCCUCCUCUUCCCCUUGCUCCCCCUUCUGAGCAAGGUAUACCAAAACCAGUGAGAAUUUUGGCAGCUUGAACCUCAUGCAGUGUCUUCAGAGUCCUGAUGGUUUGGGACUUGGUGUGCUGCAUGUGAGGGGAAAAUAACAGCAGGAAAAGUGGUGAUGUUUGUAAUAAAUGGUUUGGUGAUCACCCAGCAAGGAAAGUGCUGGUUCUGGAAGGGAAAGCAAACAGAGGAGCUGAAUUUCUAAAUUUUUUGAGUUCAAAUAGAUAAAUGCCAUAUUCCAGUUAGUGGUGAAAGAUUUUGGGAUCUUGUCAGCACCCUGCUUGUGGUGCCCUGGCUUUUCUCCCUGCUUGGCUUGGAUCCUGGGAAGGUCUUACUGUUAUGGGGCUGUUGCUUUAUUACAAGUUACUAUUUAUGUUACAGGCUAAAAUAAUUAUUUUGGGGCAAAGUGAGGUAACAGCCCUAAAACAUAAAAUAUGCUUUAAAUAUGUAUCCUCUUCUAUGUAAACCCCAGAGUUUAUGCACUUCUGACACUUUCAUAUCUGCAUUGUCACAAUAACUUCAAGUGUGACAUUGUGAAUGAUACAAAAUGUAGUUGUGUGAACCUUUUGCCCAUUUCAGUGGCAUUUGGGGUGCUCCUCCCCUCUUUCAUGUUCAGUGGAAGGUCAAAAUUUUUGAACACCUUUAAAAAAGGGAUUUUUAAAAUUGUGAUGUUACAGGGUUUAUUUUAUUUUGUCUUUGUCCCUCACUGAAAUUGUUCUUAGUUGAAUCUUUUAGAGCCAAAUCAUUUAUUUUUAUAUACAGACAUAUAUAUAUAUAUUUAUAAUCAUUUUGUGUCUUGAUACAAAGGGGGAAAGCAUCUGUCUCUAUAGGCAUUCUGAAAAUAGACAAUAUUUCUGUUUUUCUCCUCAAAAAUCCAAACUUUUGCUACUUGUGAAAACAUUUUAAAAUAAAGAAUGAAAACCCA